AUGUCUACAACUUCACUCACCACGGAUCAACAAGUAACCUUCCAGUAUUGCAAUGAAGCAGUUCUAGAGUUGCACUGCUCUCCAUUUGGUCUAAGUGGUAUCUACAUCAGAAUUGCCGAAGCAGCGAUAAUGGGUAUCGGCUCUACCUUGGGACUGAUUACAGGAAGUACCCAUGGCUUAAUCCAUUACAACAAUGCCAGCGACCUACAAGACCAGAAGUACAAACUUUAUGUUAUCAUAGACGAGGAAGGCAUGUUGCGCAUUGACUUUACCAAAAUUACCAUUCACGAGGAGAACGAGUCGGAAAAUGGAAACAAAGACGAGGAUGCAGAACAAGUACCGAGCUUGGUGUUUAAAGGACCCUGUCCCGAAGGGAGGCCUGACAAUGUCGAGCCAUUUAUAGGGGUAUUUAGCUUUGAGAGGGAAUGA